AGUUUCAAUUUAUUUAUUUCUAAAAAAAUAUUAUUUUAAUUUCUAUCAUAAGUUUUAUAAAAUAAUAUAAGGAUUACGGAAAUUGAAUUUAGAAAGCUCAUAUUACUUAUGAGUAACGUAUAAUCACUAUUAUUUCCAAGUAUUAUAACACUAAAGUUGUUCCUAUUAUUUCUACUUAUUAUUUUUGUUAUAUAGACUGUAAAAUGAGUAACGAAAAUUCUGUUAUAUACGGACUUGAGUUUCAGGCUCGUGCAUUGGCUCCCCAGUUGGCAGAAACUGAAAAAAUCUGCUUUAUUAUCGGAACUCAGUCCUUAAAGCAAACAAACAAUCAAAUCCACUUGGUAGAAUUCAACGAAGAAAUCUCCACAGUUAAAAAAUCCGUUUUCCAUCAUUCCGAAGGGGAAAUAUGGAAAAUAACAACGAGCCCUUUAGAAGCCUCAAAGUUAGCUACAUGCUAUAACGUUAUAUCCGGGGGCAAUACCUGUUCUUUUAAAACAGCAAUAUUAAAACUGCCUGAGACUGAAGACCCAGAUAACAUAGAAAAUCUAGAAAUUGUUACAAAGUUUGAUACAACUGAAUACGGUUCAGAUAUCAAGACGACAGAGUUCCAUCCUAAUGAUCCCACCAGAGCUGCUAGUGUUAUAGAUAAUAACGUUGUUCUGUGGGAUAUAUCAGACUCAGAAGGGAAAUGUAUAAAAAGUAUCCAGCUGGAAGGUAAACACAACCCAAAAUUUACCACAGGCAAGUGGAAUCCUCACCAGAAUUGCAACCAGUUUACUACAGCUACAGAGACACAUUUAAAGACCUAUGAUGUCCGAACAGGUGACUUAGCCUGGCACAUUGAUAAUAUUCACCACCAGCUGUUAAGAGACAUAGAUUUCAAUAUGAACAAGCAGUACCACAUUGCUACGUGUGGGGAUGAUGGAUUUGUGAAAAUUUGGGACUUUAGACAGACCAAUAAGCCUGUAUAUUCUAGAAAUGAACAUUCACAUUGGGUAUGGUGUGUUAGAUUUAAUCAUUUCCAUGAUCAGUUGAUUUUGUCAGCUAGUUCUGAUGCUAGAGUACUCCUAUCUAGUGCAGCGAGUGUGAGCUCAGAAAAUAACUCGGAUAUUUGUGCUGCAGAUGAUCCAAAAGAACUAGAAACCAAGCAACUUUUCCUUUAUUACAGAUUGUCGGAUGGUCCCUUGCAAUGGUGUGAACACGAAGACAGUGUAUAUUGUGCAGAAUGGUCUCCAUCUGAACCCUGGGUCUUUGCAUCGUUAAGUUAUGAUGGUAGAUUACUAAUUUCCAGAGUUAAGAGAUCGCUUAAAUACCAAAUUAUGUUAUAAAUGUAACGUUUUUGUUAAUA